UAAUUAUUCGAAGUACAGUUCCUUCUCUUCUGCCUGUCAUUUUUCGUUUCUCUCUCUGGAGCGGACAGAUCGGCUAUGUCGACUGUUGAUAAUGUAUGAAUAAAGUUGACAGCUGAGCGAGACAACCAAUCAGGAUUAUUUAAGUUUUUGUUUAACUGAAGGUUAAAACGACACAAUACAAAACAUCUCCUAGUAUUAUUAACUGGAGUAAGAAGCUUUCAACCAUGUCAGAUUCAGAAGAAAAGAAAGCUGAGCUGAAGAAAAGAUUGACACCUCUACAAUAUCAUGUUACUCAAGAAAAAGGAACUGAGAGAGCCUUUACAGGAAAGUAUAACAAGUGCUCCGAAGCUGGCACAUACAGCUGUGUUGUAUGUGACCAGCCAUUGUUUUCCUCACAGACCAAAUUUGAGUCUUCAUGUGGCUGGCCAGCAUUUAACAAUGUUUUAGAUCAAGGAAAAGUGAAGCUGACUAAGGACACUUCAAAUGUCGGAGCCAACCUACUGUUAUUGAUCGCCAAUCCAGGUAUGAUCCGCACAGAGGUGACGUGUUCGCAGUGCAAUGCUCACCUAGGCCAUGUGUUCGGCGAUGGUCCUCCUCCCUCCCGGAAACGCUUCUGUAUCAACAGUGCCUCAUUACAGUUCCACCCGGCAGCUGACAAUUGAGAUAGUACUUAAGAGGGAGAAGAUUAUUCCUAUAACUCAGGCUUUUUAUGUAGCGUCAGUUUAUCCUAUUUUUCUUUUAAUAUGUCAAAUUUUAUAUACAUGCACAGGAAGAAAAAUGUUCUUCAAGUAAAACAAUGAAGACAAGAUUUAGAAUAACACCCAAGUUUAUACUUUAACCAAUUGAAGUCGCAUACAAUACUGUCUGUUGUCUACAGGCCAUAUAUAUUUUUAUUUUCCAUUUGUAAAAGAAUCCAAUAUAAUACAAGUAUAUUGAUGAUUUCUGUAUAAGAAAAUUAAAUGUUGAAAUCAUCACAAGGUAACAUCUUGCAGACAAGGGAGCAUUCGUGAAAAAAAUACUAUAGUCGACCCAAGUGGUAAAUCGUCGACCCCAAAUUACCAAUUUUGUGUUUGUGAAUGUGUUUCAUUUGCCUGAUUAGUUUCAAGAUAAAGAUCUGACUAGUAAUAGAUAUCACAAAUGUACUAAUUUAAGGAGCAUUUCAUCAGAAUCUGAUGUAUCAUAUGAUUAUUAUAGGAAUCAUUAGAACACAUUAGAAGCAGAUCAGAUCAAAACUCAAUGUGUAUAUGGCUUACAAUCAUUUUAAUUGUGCUGUAUUUAAAGAUAUGAAAAGUAAAUACUCAAUGAGCACACGUAAUUAAUAAGUUUUAGGAAUUUAUUACAUAAUUCAUUAUCAGUUACGUUUCAUUGAACUUUGGACAAAUCAGUUGAUGACCCAGAUUGUGAUGGGAUCAGAAUUGGUGUGUGACCCACUUAUCGAUAACACCAGUAUUAUUAUAUAACAUAGACAAAUACUGAGAAAUAUUUCUUUGCAGAGUACUGUAGUACUAAAUAAACAUUUAUUAUUUGGUAUAUAGUUCACUUUUGAAAAUGUAAUUCUAUAAAAGUAUAGGAUGGUAAAAUCUAAUAUCUGUACUUAAACUAUAGCUUGCAAUUAGAUACAGUGUUUAUUUAGUCACUUAUAAUGUUUUUGUAACACAAUUUAACACUGAUGUGUUAAUAUGUAAAUUAUUUUGGCUUAAAUCAUUUUCACUGAAAUGUUACAUGCUUGUACAUAAUAUAUUUUGUUACCUAAUGACAGUUUAUUUUUCUAAGCAUUUUUGUAAUUAGAGUUGUAAAUGUUUGCAUGAAAAUAUAAAUACAGAUAGGUUAGUUAGGAAAUGAAAAAGAUGUGAUACAUACUAGAAAAGUGAGGAUUUAUAUGGAAACCACAUGCCUACAGUAGGGGCCACGAAAGAGUGCAGUUGGUGGCGACGAAUAGAAUGGAGAGGACCAUGUGAUGUUGCCACACAUGUAGACUGUAGGGCACGACGCUUUGCGGUUACAAGGAAAAACAUUAUUUAGCAACGUCGCUCAGUCCUCAUUGAAUGCUCCGAGGUCACGAGCUAAUACGCUCCUCCCUCAACUUCACUUUCUGGUGGCCCUACUUUAAAUAUGACUCUGUCUAAGGAAUUUACUUUAUUUUUUACAUAGGAAAACAUUUUUAUUCUUAAAUUCGUAAUAGAAUAAGCAAACACAUUUAUUUGCAAAUUUUGCAGUGCCAUGUUGUCUCCUAUUAUUUUAGAAAAUUAGUGCUUAGCUUGUAUAAACUUAACACUACUAAGAUCAAUAAUUUAGUAUGUAUUAAAACAACAGUGUUUUCAAGUAUAGUAAUUUUUUUAUUAUUUAUUUUAUCAAUAAUAGACCAAUCUUUUUAUAUUAAACAUUUUUUUAUGCUGUUACCAUAUUGCAAGUUAUCUCACUGUUUAUUUUGCUCACCAAAUCCAAUUUUGUAAUGAAUUUGAAUAUUUGUGUUACAUAUUGUUUUUGAAAAUAUAUCCCAGUAUUUUGUAUACAGAGAACAAUACAAGGAUGUGUCAAAUAUUAACUUGUUUUAAAAUACAUUUAUACUAAUUUACUACAUAAUCUCACACCUUAGAAAUACAUUUUUCUUUCCAUCAUGUUGGGAACUAUUUUGUUCAAUCAUUGUAAAAGCUCUGGAUUUUUUUAUCCAUUGGAGUACAAAUGUAUUUACCACUUAAUUUUUGUCGAAAUAUUGGCUUUCAAGGAUUUCUUAGCAAAAAUCCUUUAUGCUAAGCAAACACUUAAUAGAGUAUUGUCCCAAAAAUGUGCCUAAAAUUUAAGUUGGCUUCACCCCUUCCUUGUUAAAAAAACUUACAACAUUAUAAUCUGCUCCACAGACAUGUGUCCUUCUUGUUCACUACAUGUUUUGAUUAUAAUGGGACCUGAGAGAGUUGCUUGAGUUCUGUCUCCUCCAUAACAAUACUGGCUACUUGCUUAUCAGCUGCUUCUAGGUUAAUGACCCAGGUAGAACUUAUAGAAAAUCAAUCCCGUUUAAAUUUGACACAUCUGUGUAUUAUAGUAAAGUAUUACAUACUUGGGAUGGGUCUGAAAAGUUAAGAAAUAAUUUUGAAGAAAUCAUUGGUAGAAAGUGCAUUAUUCUUUAAUUUUGCAUAUAAUGUAUAUGAAAUCUAUGUUGUGGAUAUAUGAAAAAUGUAAAGUGUGGAUUUAUUUAAUUAUGGUAAUAAUGUUUAGUGAUAUUUAAUAUUAAAUCUAGUCCAAAGCUUUGUCCUGUUUUGAUUAACAUUGUAACAAGCUUGUUUCAUUUUAAGAAUUGUUGUUAUUUUAUAGAUAUUUAUUUACUAUAUCUUUAAUAAUUGAAUUUUUUAGUUGGUUUAGGAUAUUGGGGUUGAUUAAUAUUAUUGUGAUUUUUUUUUAUUCGUUGUUAAUUGUGUAUUAAAUUAUGAUUUGUGUUGGUGAUAAUAAUAAAGAUUCUGAAGAGAAAA